AUGGCGCUGCGCGAGGCCAAGCGCGGGGGGCGCCGCAAGGUCCUCCUCCAGGAUGCAGCAGCAAUGGAACUGCUCGCACAUGCCGCCACCCUGCUGGCGCGCGCCCAUGUCCAGGCAGAGAUCCGGACUGCACUAGCCAUGGCCCUUUUAACGGCUUUGCGCAUACCCGAUGGCGGUGUGCGGGGCAUUGCGAUGGGCGACGCCUUUCGCCGCCGCGUCCGCACGCUUGCCAAGCAAUGGGCCGUCAUGUUUGAUGAAGUCACGCGCCCAGACCAGUUUGCGCUGCAAGCGCGGUCAACGCAGUGA